AUGAGGGCGAAGCCGGUGUCCGGCUCCUGCCGCCCGCAGCUGCCGCCACGGCGGGAAGUGUCGCCUGGCGGGGGCGCUGGCUCCCUGCUGCCCGCCGACGGAGAGGGGCAGGACCUCCGAUUCAAUCGGGGCGACCCGGACAUCGUCAAGUCCCCCAGCGACCCGAAGCAGUACAGGUAUAUCAAAUUGCAAAAUGGUUUGCAUGCAUUACUCAUUUCCGAUCUAAAUAAUAUGGAGGAAGAAUCCUCAGAAGAGGACAGUACUGAGUCUGAAACUGAAACGGAUGAAGGCAGUGACUCAGGAGCAGACAUGGAAGAUAAUGAGGAAAGCUAUGAUAACAAAAUUGAUAAGGAAAAUUCUGAGGAGGACCACAGUGAUUCUGACAUGGAAAUUGAAGAGUUAACGGGGAAAGARGAGUCAGAGGCAGAAUCAACAGAUAAAGAAGAUUCAGAGACUGAACAAACAGAAAAAGAUGAGGAAAUUGAAAGUACAGAGAAACUGUCUGCUGCUGCUCUUUGUGUUGGAGUUGGCAGUUUUUGUGACCCUGAAGAUUUACCUGGGUUAGCACACUUUCUCGAGCACAUGGUAUUUAUGGGCAGCUUAAAGUAUCCAGAUGAGAAUGGGUUUGAUGUGUUCCUGAGGAAGCAUGGUGGCAGUGACAAUGCUUCAACUGACUGUGAACGAACAGUCUUCCAUUUUGAUAUUCAGCAGCAAUACUUCAAAGAAGCUCUUGAUAGAUGGGCACAGUUUUUCAUUCACCCCUUAAUGAUCAGGGAUGCAAUUGACCGUGAAAUUGAAGCUAUUGACAGUGAGUACCAGCUAGCAAAGCCGUCUGAUAAAAACAGACAGGAGCUACUACUAGGAAGCCUUGCCAAACCUGGAUAUCCAAUGAGAAAGUUUUUCUGGGGUAAUGCACAGACACUAAAGCAUGAGCCAAGAAAGAGUAACAUUGAUAUCUAUAUCAGGUUGAAGGACUUUUGGCAGAGCUAUUACUCUGCUCAUUACAUGAACUUAGUUGUUCAAUCGAAAGAAACGUUGGACACUUUGGAGAAUUGGGUGAGAGAAAUUUUUUCACAGAUUCCCAAUAAUGGCUUGCCAAAACCAAGUUUUGGUCAUCUAACAGAACCUUUUGACACACCAGAAUUUCACAAGCUUUACCGAGUUAUUCCAGUCAGAAACAUCCAUCUGUUGCAUAUCACUUGGGCGCUGCCCCCACAAGAGAGAAAUUACAGGGUAAAACCACUACACUAUAUCUCCUGGCUGGUAGGACAUGAAGGCAAAGGCAGCAUUCUUUAUUUUCUUAGAAAAAAAUUUUGGGCUGUUGCAUUGUGUGGAGGAAAUUCUGAAACGGGUUUUGAACAGAACUCCAGUUACUCCAUCUUCAACAUUUCUAUUACUUUGACUGGUGAAGGUUAUGAGCAUUUUUAUGAGGUUGUGCAUGUUGUAUUCCAGUAUCUGAGAAUGUUGCAGAAAGUAGGUCCAGAUAAAAGAAUUUGGGAAGAGAUUCAGAAGAUAGAUGAAAAUGAAUUUUAUUUCCAGGAUGAGACCGACCCAAUUGAUUAUAUUGAAAAUAUUUCUGAACACAUGCAUCUUUUUCACAAGCAGGACUUUCUGACAGGCGAUCAACUUCUGUUUGAAUACAACCCUGAAGUCAUUAAUGACAUCCUUGGCCUGCUGUGCCCUCAGAGAGCUAAUCUUUGUCUGUUGUCAGCUGCUAAUGAGGGAAGAUGCCCUCUAAAGGAGAGAUGGUUUGAAACACCAUACAACGUAGAAGACAUUGAUGAAUACUGGGCUGAUGUGUGGGCCUGUGACUUUGAGUUAAAUUGGGACUUGCAUCUUCCAGAAGAAAACAAAUAUAUAGCCACUGAUUUCUCCCUAAAGGCACCUGAUUUCCCAAAGAUGGAAUAUCCAGUCAAAAUUCUGAAUAUACCACAGGGAUGCAUGUGGUACAAGAAUGACAAGAAAUUCAAGAAACCUAAAGCUUAUGUACAUUUCCACCUGAUUUCUUCACAGGUACAACAGUCUGCCAAGAGUAUGGUGCUUCUAGAGAUUUUUGUUAGCAUCCUCUCUCUGAAUCUCUCAGAACCAGCAUAUGGAGCUGAUAUUGCUAAACUGAAAUACAAACUAGUGGCUGGAGAGCAUGGUUUGAUCAUUAGAGUGAAAGGAUUCAAUCAUAAACUACCUUUACUGCUUCAGCUCAUCAUUGACCAUGUGUCUGAGUUCAGUUUUACUCCAGCCAUUUUUGAGAUGAUUAAAGAGGAGUUAAAAAAGACCUAUUUCAAUAUGCUCAUCAAACCAGAGGUGCUAGCCAAAGACCUACAUCAUGUAAUUUUGGAGCAUGGCAAGUGGUCUGUGAUAGACAAGUACAGGAGAUUAAUGAAGGGACUUUCUGCAGAGUCUUUAUUAUCCUUUGUUAAGGCUUUCAAAUCACAGCUAUUUGUGGAGGGUUUAGCACAAGGAAAUCUAACUUGUCAAGAAGCAAAGSAUUUCCUGAGUUACAUUGUGGCGAAGCUCAAGUUUGCUCCUCUUGCCCAUUCCUGCCCUGUUCAGUUUCGAGUGGUKGAUUUGCCAAAUGCACACCUGCUCUGUAAGGUGAAAACGCUUAACAAAAAUGAUGCGAACUCUGAAGUGACAGUUUAUUACCAGGCUGGGGCAAGGAGUAUAAGAGAAUGUGUUCUUAUGGAGUUGCUCGUGACCCAUAUGGAGGAGCCUUGUUUCAAUUUCCUGCGAACUAAAGAAACACUUGGCUACCAUGUGUACCCUGCCUGCAGAAAUAAUUCUGGAAUCAUUGGAUUCUCCAUUACUGUAACAACACAAGCAACAAAAAAUAAUUCUGAAUUUGUUGACAAGAAAAUAGAAGAAUUUCUUUUGCACUUUGAGGAAAAAUUGAAGCUUUUAACUGAAGAUACAUUCCGUGCUCAGGUCAGUGCCCUGAUCAAUAUUAAAGAAUGUGAAGAUUGUUUUCUUGGCGAAGAAGUGGACAGAAAUUGGAAUGAAGUGAUGAGUCAGCAAUAUCUUUUUGACAGACUUGCCUGUGAGAUUGAAGCAUUAAAAUCAUUUACAAAAGCAGACCUGGUUGAAUGGCUCCAGACUCUCAGAGGAAAUUAUAGAAAGAUACUGAGUAUACAUGUUGUUGGGUAUGGCGAGCAGGAACAGGACUCAGAGUUUGCAGCUGUCUUAGAUGUGCAGAAUGCAGUGCUUGGUGAACUCCCUCAGCUAACUUUCUUACCUCCUUCCUCUUACAUGAAAAAUACAGCCUUCAUCAGACACAUCAGUGAUUUCACAUUAACCCUGAACCUUCUCCCUUACCAUAAAAUAUUAAAAUGAGUUUUAGCUCUUCUUCUGUGCCCUGCAGUCUUGUUUAAGUAAUUUACAAUUUGAGGACGUACCAGGUCAUUUACAUUCGGUAAUGGCAUUUGUAUUGUCUGUGAAUUUGGGUAAGUUCAUUCUUCAUUGUUGUAAAGAUUAAGGAGUAGAGGAAUGAAAUGUAUGUAAUUCUGUGAUGUCCAGUAUGGCUCCACAUGGAACYAGAUCUGCUUUGGAGGUGCACGAACUGUUUGUCCAUAUAAUCAACAUAACCAAUUAUCAGUUAUUAUAAAGUAUUUUUAAUACCGUUUCUGUGCAUUCUGUAGUGAAAUAACAAAGCGUGAUUAAGAAAAAGAGAACAAAUAUAAGAAAUGAUUAAUCUGAUGCUCAGAACUGUCAUUCUAGAUAAGACUAACAUCCAUCUACCCCAUCUCCUAUCAGAGAACAGGUAAUGAGUGCUUAGGAAAGAGUUCAAGAACAGUGAGUAUAUGGAGUAGCCUCGUUUUACUGUGUGCACAAAUCUCAAAUGUUUAGUUUAGAUGCUUUAUGAACCAGAAGUUACAUCUGAAAUGUUUCCUAACYAGAGAGAGACCUCUUCUUUUUGAAUUUGAGUUACUCCCUUAAAAAAUAUUGUAUGCAGCUAACCCUCACAAGAUAUUGUUGCAGUGGGUUCCACAGUUGAUGUAUUCUGUGAAAAUGGAUGUGUUUAUGUGUACUUUGAACUUGCUACCUGAGCAAAUACUAUUGCAUGCCUCUAAGUUCUUGUAUUGUGAGGAAUGGCAAAAAAUUAUUCUCUAGUGCUUUCUUUGCAUAGUGAUGAUUUAAACUUUAUGUACUGUAUAGCCUCCCAGUUUUUUUUUUCUGUGCUGAAGCCUUGGAAAAAUUUAAAAAGUCUCUAGAUUGUUUUUGUUUUCCUUCUCAGUAUCCUUUGUAGUUCAUCAGGCCUUUUAUGAGAUGGGAAGAUAAAAGUUGCAUGCAAAAUUAGAAUACAUUUCACCAUCAGUUUCCUAUACAGGAACAUCGUAAUAGAUUCUGCUAACCUCACCUACUCUUUAUUGGGCUUUCAACUUCUGAUGUGUUGUAUAAAUAUGUGUUGUGUAAAUUUCC